AUGUCGAGUUAUCGAGGCCGCACGGGGCCCAAUUUUUCCGAGUAUCUGAACAACCUGAAUACAUUGGCCUCCCCCUACGACCAGGAGCACUUCUCUCCGGACGAGAUCGAAUUGAGUCAGGACCUGGCCAUGUUCACCAACACCGACUUCACCCAUUUUGAUAUCCCCUCUUUGCCUGAGGACGGUUCCUUCAACUUCGAUGUCAAUGAGUCAAAGAACAACCCGAACAUUAAAUAUGAGGAUCUUCUUUCUAGCUCGGAGCCCGUACAAAACUACCCGCCGCCCAACAUCGAGACCUCUGCGGCUGAGUCGUCGCAAUAUUACAGCACAUACAACACACCCAUCCAGCCAGCUCCAGCGGGAGGGGCAGGGAACGUUGAGCACCGCUCAUCUCCCAGUGUAUCGGUGACCGGGCCACCAAGUGGGUCGCGAAGAAAGGGCGAUGCCAUCGACCCCAAUGCUCUGAGCGCCGAGGAAAGAUCUCGACUGGCCGCUGAGGAAGACAAACGGAGACGCAACACCGCUGCCAGUGCCCGGUUUCGGGUCAAGAAGAAGCAGAGAGAGCAAGCUCUGGAGCGCACGGUGAAGGAAAUCCAGGACAGGAACGCGAAACUAGAGGCGCGGUUGUCUCAAUUGGAAAUGGAGAACAAAUGGCUCAAAGACUUGAUCACAGAGAAGAACGGCCUUCAAUCAAAGGAGGAGAUGGCGGCAGCGUAUCAACAAUUCCGCAAAGAGAGCGAAGAACGAGAACUGAAAGCCUCUGACCACACCACUGGGGUUGGCACCAACUGA